AGCGGGCACGGCCCCGGCGGCGCCACCAGCUCCGGGGCCGGCGGCCCGCGGGAGCCCAGCCCGGCGGCGGAGGCUCCGGUGGAGAAGAAGCAGUGUGCCAUACCGUGGUGCAGAGACUCGCUGUUGCUGUCAGCGCAGGAAAAGACUGAAGUUGGCAUCUCUCUUAUCCCCAGCCAGAGGCUGCCCUGAAAGACACAGUUGUAAAAUGUUCAUCAGAAAAAAACUGAAGACAGAUCCCUGAGAGUCCAGAAGAUGGCAUAGGAACAGCGUCACCUUCCAGGGCGCUGGGGUCCUUUCUCACCUCCGUGCAUGCUGCUUGAACAGACCUGAAGCCUUUGUUUUUGGACUGAAGAAACCUGCGCACUGCUUGCCUUGAAAACCUUUCUCUCCUAAUUCAUGAGCCAGCAGGAUGUGGUCGCUGUGCUUUCAGAACGGCUUCUCAUAGCUGCGUACAAAGGCCAAGUGGAUAAUGUGGUGCAGCUUAUCAACAAGGGUGCCAAGGUAGCAGUUACCAAGCAUGGCCGGACCCCCCUGCAUCUUGCUGCCCACAAGGGUCACCUCCAUGUUGUCCAGAUUUUGUUGAAAGCAGGUUGUGACCUGGAUAUUCAGGAUGAUGGUGAUCAGACAGCAUUGCACCGGGCUGCUGUCGUAGGGAACACCGAUGUCAUUGCAACUCUCAUUCAAGAAGGUUGUGCUUUGGACAGACAGGACAAGGACGGGAAUACCGCUCUUCAUGAAGCUUGUUGGCAUGGAUUCAGUCAGUCUGCCAAAGUGCUCGUUAAGGCAGGAGCUAACGUGCUUGCCAAGAACAAGGCAGGUAACACACCUCUGCACCUGGCUUGCCAGAACAGCCAUUCCCAGAGCACUCGUGUUUUGUUACUUGGAGGAUCUCGAGCAGACCUCAAAAACAAUGCAGGAGAUACCUGUCUGCAUGUGGCUGCUCGUUAUAAUCACUUGCCCAUCGUUAGGGUGCUGCUCAGUGCUUUCUGUUCUGUCCAUGAAAAGAACCAGGCGGGAGACACGGCGCUCCACGUGGCUGCUGCUCUAAAUCAUAGGAAGGUGGUGAAGCUGUUGCUGGAGGCAGGGGCUGAUACGUCAGUUGUCAACAAUGCAGGUCAGACCCCUCUAGAGGUUGCCAGACAGCACAAUAACCCUGAGGUUGCGCUUCUGCUCACUAAAGCAUCCCAGGUCUCACGCUUCAAUCGCGGAAGAAGCCUGAGGAAGAAGAGGGAGAGGCUGAAGGAGGAGAGGCGAGCUCAGUCGGUGCCACGGGAUGAGGUGGUACAGAGCAAGGGCAGCGUCUCGGCUGCUGACGACACCCAGAGCAGCGACCAGCCACCGCAGAGGAAAAUAGAUCUGAAGGAUGAGCCCCGGUCAGCCUCUCCGGAUCCCAAAGGGAAGAAGAGCAAAAAGAAAAAGCCAAAGGAGAAGGUUUCAGCACUCUCCGACCCCAUUUCCCCGGCCGAUCAGCAGACACUCCCUCGGCCCCAGCAAAACCUGCCAAAACGCAGGAGUAAACAUCACUGCUCCUCUCCGCCGCCUCCCCACGAGGUCCGAGCCUACCAGCUGUACACCCUCUACCGAGGGAAGGAUGGGAAGGUGAUGCAGGCACCAAUAAAUGGAUGUCGUUGUGAGCCCCUGAUAAACAAACUGGAGAAUCAGCUGGAGGCAACCGUGGAGGAGAUAAAAGCUGAGUUUGGGACAGUACAAGAUAAGAUGAAUGUUAAGCUGGGCCAGAUGGAAAGCAAAACUCAACAUCAACUCCGCGUUUUAGACAAGCUGAUGGCAGAGCGGCUGUCCGCAGAGAGAACAGAGUGCCUUCAUCGCCUGCAGCAGCACACUGAGCUGGAAAAAAACGAGGGAGAGAAACGGCAGAUGUCCUUGGUCGAUGAGCUGAAGACCUGGUGCAUGCUGAAGAUUCAGAAUCUGGAGCUGAAGCUUUCUGGAGAUUCCAGGUCAUCGAGGCCAAAAUCAACGCUGUCCACCUGUGAGUCCCUGACCGAGACCCUGGACACGGAGAACAACCCCCACAGCGCCAAGGACUGCAAAGCCCCCCAGCCCCUGCUGCAGUCGGAGGGCUCCCACCAGCACUCCUGUGCCACCCUGCCCAACAGCCUCUCGGAAGACGGGGGAAGGAGCAGAGGCCCGGGGCCCGAACAGAGCUUCGGACAACAGUUCUGCAUGCAGCAGGAUGGUGCCUCAGGGACAACCCUGUCAGGUGCGGAGCAGCAGUUGAUCCCUGCUGGACCAGCUGCUUCUUCAGCCCCUGCUCCAGACGUCCGGCCAAAGGACAAAGCCGGCGGUGCCAGCACGUUCCAGAGGUUCCAGCAGGAGCUGCCCUCCGCCGAGCUCGCGGGCUCCAAAUUGCGACAUGUAAAGGUUCAGGCUGCUUUGCAGCCCUUGGCCGAGCCUGCAAAGACCGACCCGCAGAGCGGCUGCUUCAUCGACAGAGGAACUCAGACAAAGAAAUCCAGCAAGGGCGGGCAGCCGAGGCACAAGGCGCCGCACCAGGCGGGGGCUCAUCAGAGUCAGGAGCCGCCCGCUCCACCGGCGGGGCAGCCGCCCGCCCCUCCGCUCAGAGACACCUCGCAGGCCCUGGAGAUAACCCAGUACUUCUUUGAGGCCGUUUCCACUCAGAUGGAGAAGUGGUACGAACGGAAGAUUGAAGAAGCCCGGUGCCAAGCUAACCAGAAAGCUCAGCAAGACAAAGCUGCGCUCAAGGAGCACAUCAGGAGCUUAGAGGAGGAGCUCAGUAAGUUAAGGACUAAGGUGCAGAAAGAAAGCUAGCGUUCGCCCGGCGGGGCGAGGCGAGCAGCAGGACUCACUCUGGAACCUGCUGUGCAGGAAUCUGGGAUAGGUGUAGAUACGUACUUGUAGUGCCUGGCACGUCCAAACAAAAUGCUCUUUUUUCAGGAGUAGAAAUAACUUUGGAAACUCCAGAACCAAGGAGCUUCACAUGCAGACUGUACCGACGACAACAAGAUGCUGCAGAUUAGAUCCUUUCCUCGUUAUUUCCCAGAGCCCGUUACAUUUUGCACUCUCAAGUUUCAGGUGCUGCUUGAAAACACAUUGCAUUAAAAACCAAAUCCGCUUUCAGAAAAGGGAAUUUUCUUAUUUCCACCUAAGUCAGGUGUGGCGAGAGGGUUCUGCCGUACGCCUCACGUAAAGGUGACACCAAUACUGAAAUAAGUCCCGGACGUUUGAGAGCUUUGGGCUGGGUCAGCAGUGAUGCGGCGGCUGCCUGGUGCUGAAGGGCUGUUGAGCCUGCUGCAGCUACUUCCCGCGGCGCCUCUCUGGUCAGCGGAGCAAAGCUCAAGCAGGGAGAGGUGCGGGUUUCCUGGUGGGAGAGGCCAAGCACCCACUGAGGUGAGCUGCCCCGUUAGGUACGGAGGCUUCUGUUGCCACGUUGUUUUUCAUUUGGUAUACAUCAUUAAAAUAAAUGCUCAAUUAGGCUCUUUUAAUGGUGUCCUGGUGGCAAAGCUCCUCGUGGUUACGCAGUUGCGGGGGCCACAUCGAGUGAUCUGACUGAGAAGUUCUGUUUAGGGCAUGGAUGGCAAUAUUUUACCAUAACCAUGGUCUACUUGCUAAGUGUAAUUUUUAUGGAAAGCUCUUUUCCUUCAAGCAGCAAACAGCUGAAGUCACUGAAGAAGCUUGAAAGCAGUCCUGUAAGGAAGUGAGGGCUUGGUUCCUUGUAUGCAGAUGUUUCUUUUUCUGUAGGGUCAGGCUUUCCUCCCAGCUGCCUUGUCUGGACCGUCUUCCUUUGUUCCGCUGAACAAUUCUGCUCUCUGUUUUCCCCCAUGUGUCUCUAAAGAGAGAGACUGGGCCCUGGUGAAUCUCCAGGUUUCAGGGCUGCUUUCACACAGUCCCACAAAACAGAACUCAUCAACAUUUUCAAUAUUUUUUUAGGGAUGGCUUGCAAUAAAAAUCAAAGCUUGCAGUGACAGUUUCUGACAGUAAUUCACAGAGGGUCACUUUCAAUUGCGUUUGUUCCAGCAGUAACACCUAAAUUCGUCAGCCACGUUUGGGUCCUGGUGCGCCACGUGCUGCGUAAACGAGAUGCACCGUAACUUGGUCCUGCAUCCCUGUAGGGUUCCCUCCGUAUGCCUCGGGGAGGGCUCCACGAGAUUCUCUUAAUAGGAGUAGACGUACUGAACAUACCGUGACGGAACAAUCGUACAAAACCAAUUCAAAUACAAGGUGGCACCAGAUGCCAAGGAGAAAGCUUUAUUUUUUCUAUACUGUGGAGCCCUAAAAUUAAUACAAAAUACUUUCCAGUAUCGAAGAUACCAUUAACAAAUUAGCAAUUAAGCUUUUUGUGUUCUUAGCAGAUGUAUAAAGCAAAGAAGAAUUGUAUUAUGUAAGUAUUUUUAAAAAUGCCUAUUAAUGCACUAUCAAAGCAAGAAGUGUAUGUGCAGUUACGGAAACACUAGUUUUAUUGCUCUGACUUCCAUAGUCAUAUAGACACUUUCGUGUUUACAGUUUUGUUUAAGCUACUGUAGGAAUGCAGAAGCAUGCUAUUUAAGUUUUAUAGCCCCUUGAUAAAGUGACUUGUUUUGCCAAGUAAUUAAAAUAAGUGUUGCUCAGAAUCCUUGCGUUGCAAUGUUUUUCUAUCCAGAGGAAAUAGACAAAAAUCAGAAGGGAAAGGAGAAAAUUGGACUGCAAAAGUCUUAAGCGUCUGUUAUUUUGUGUUUUUGCUAUAAAACACGGAAGCCAGGUCUGCCAGCUAUCCCGGGGUGAGGCCGCAGGGACUGAGUGCUGCCAUUACCAAUGCGCUCCCCUGGCACUGCGGAGGCUGCUGCACGCUGCUGGCACACGCGCUCCUGACCUCGCACAAAUGCGAGGGAAACACAAAGGCUGUGGUUUUAGCAAACCUCCUGAACACGCAGACCUGUGCUGCCACUACAGGCCUUGCAGCAGUGAUUUAAGGCAGUAACUUGGCUGCAGAGUUACUGAUUUUAGAGGUUUUAUGAAGCUUAACAAGUGUACUCUAAGGGGAGACAUUUUCCUAAAAUUCAUUCCUACUCACCUCUGCCAUUCCUCCUGCAUUCAAAGCUACUGGAAUGGAAUAACUUUUUAAAAUAAAAUAAAAAAAGCCACGUUAUCUACCUCUCUCAGGCACACUGCGUAAACACAGGUACUCUAGCAGAGUACACUCGGGCUCCUAAUGGUUUCUGGCAGGCAAUUUUAUCUUGACAAUGCAGAGGCUCGCAACGGCUGAGAACCGCAGCCAGCAGACCUCAGGAGGUCGGGUGAGGUACUUGCAGGGCCAUCCGUGCCUGCCAGGAGCUAUUCCUGGCCUGCGCGGCUGCAACCUGUAAGCGCAGCAAACUGGAGCCCCGGGAGGAGCGCAGACCCUCGCGUCCCCUGGGAAAGAGCCGCGGCCAGGCGGCAGCCUCCGAGUAAGGGGACGGAAAUAAACCACCGAGGGGAAAAGGAAGGCUGCAUUGUGAAGACAAACUGACAUUGAUCACAGCUUUGUUUAGUCCACGUUCCCUUCCAGACUGCAUUUGCUGGUAACACCGAGCACAGUAACCAGCUCAGAGGAGAACCAGAAGGAUCCUAAUGCAGCCCAGAGCUGCAUGGUCAUGGAUGUCGCCACCGUGUGGGGCUCCAACCUCUGCU